CGAUUUUUUCUUUCCCGUAGCCGUCUCGUGUCGCAUCUCCUCCAGCGACUUCACAUCGCCGCCACCACCGCCUGCUCCUCCGCCGCUGCCCCUUCCUCCUCCUCCACCGCUGCCCCUUCCUCCUCCUUCGCCGUCGCCCCUCCACCGCCACCGCCCCUUCCUCCUCCUCCACCGCCGCCCCUUCCUCCCUCUGCCACACUCUUGUGCCGGCACCGGUCCGUUUCUUCACACAGGGGAGGCAGCCACAUAGACGACCGGCGACGGCGCUGCUUUUGUCCGGCACACUUGAGAGGUCACAACCAUCUCCUUCCUCCGCCACAACGCUCUCCCUCUCCGAUCUGUUCGAGGGGUAGAAAAAGAAGAGGCAGAGAGAGGUCGACCCGGUCUUCUUGAGGGCAACAACGACGGUGACUGCCCGGACAUCAAGCACAGUUAUGAUGUUUGGAAGAAUGUCUCCGAAAGCAUGUCUAUUGCAGCAACAGAGGAAGGCAUCACCAAAGAGCUACAUCACACAAAAGAAGAAGGUUUCUCCGAAAGCUCAACAGCCAAGGGCUUCAUGGAAUCCAGGAUUAGAGAAGGCUUUAGUUGAUCUACUUCAUGAGCACAACAAUCCACAUUACCAUGGCCAAAAUGGUUGGACAAGUGAAGCUUGGAACAAAAUUGUCAAAGAAUUCCGUGACAAAUAUUCCUAUGUCACCAUGAAUAAGCAGCAGAUCCAAGAUAAGGAGAAGGAGUUAAAACGCGAUUAUAGGAUGCUAAAAGAAGCUAGGAAACAAAGUGGGGUUUCUUGGGACAAUCAACGGUGUAUGAUUAUUGGUGAUGAUGUUGUUUGGGCAAAUAUGAUUAAGUCAAAUGAUAAAGUAAAGAAAUACAGCAAAAACAAAUCCUUUCCUCUCUUUGAUGCGUUGGGUGAACUCUAUGACGGGCAAACUGCUGAGGGCAGCAUGAACUUCACUUCUAUCGAGCCGCCCAGACAUGCUAAUCUUACACAAGUGAGUGACUAUCUUGAGAGAAGUGACUCCUUUCCUGAUGUGAAUUGGGGUCCUCAAGAUUAUGAAGGCUUGACCACUGAAGUUGAAGAAGAAGAAAAUACAAUGGAGCAUGAAAAUCAGCAAACCCACAUUGGUACCACCUCAAGAGGUUGUGGAGAGAAGGAUGGCAACAAGAGAAAAUCUGUAUCAAGAGAAAGGGUAGAUAAGCCUGUGAAAAGAAAUAGGAAAAAUGAUGUUUUUGAUUUGAUGGGAAGCUACUUAGAGAUGAGAAAGGAGGAGGAGGCAAAGACGAGGGCGGAGACAAGUAAAGUUGAUGAAUGCUCAAUAAGAAAUUGCAUUGCUAUUGUGGAAUCGAUGGAUGAACUCUCAGUUGAUGAGAAAGUCAAAUCUUUUGGAAUAUUCAAGGAUGCCCAGAAUAGGGAGAUCUUCAUGAGUGCAGGGUCAUUGACUCGUCUUGUGUGGUUAAGAACAAUGCUGUCUUGUGUUGCACUUGUUUAUGAUCCAAAUGCCUUGAGAAUACAGUCCAUGUUGGGAUGACCAUUGGACCAACAGGAUACUGUUUUUCAGGUGAAGUCGUCAGGCUGUCAAGGAAACUAUCGUGCUCACGGAACAAACCCCUGCAUCCUCGCUGUCUGAAUUCUUUUCUUUUCUAGCGAACAAAGAAAAAACACGAUCAAGAAGUAUGUAGUUUUGCGAACUUGAGGCACCGUUUUUCCAUGAGCCAUCGACUGUUUACUUUCACUUUCACCUAACGACAUUGUUUGAGCUGCUUCCAGAGUCAAAGUGUACCUAAGAUAAUCCUCUGUCCUUAAAAAAAUUUGAGAGAGAGACAGCCAACAGGCCAUCAGUUUGUGAAUGCAAUAUGAACCAGAUGGAUGUAUAUAUUAUUCAUAUGCCUAUUUGCCGAAA